AAUGGACAACAAGAAAUACACUUAUUCCUUUUAUUUAUGCACCUGUCCCAGCUGCAAAUCACAUAUAUUUCCUGCUUACUCAUAACAUGUCUACGAAUCCACAGAACGGCUUCGAUGAACGAUUGCGACAACGUUCAGGAAUCACGAGAAAUCCAUUAGAAACAAUACCCGUUCAUCAGGAACCUCAUGGAAAUAUUCCCAACACACCGUUGGCAGCGUCGACGAUAUCGUAUUUACUGGGCUGCUUGUUCUCUCUCGGUCUAGUGACCUUUCUCGCGGGCGGAUUUCCUGCACAUUGGUGGGCUACCUAUCGACUCGGUUUCUUUGUCGCUGCGUGGUCCUUGUUUCACUGGGGUGAGUUUGCGGUGACCGCUGGUUGGAACAUGGAGAAGUGUAGCGUUGACUCUUUUCUUUUGGAUAACGGUGCAAUGUACCAUGUUGCGAAUGGUACUGCGGCUUUGGAAUAUCUUAUCGUACUCUAUUGGAAGCCUUCUUUGAAAGCCUUCCCUUACGUGUCCGCUAUCGGUACGAACUUCAUCACUAACCUUGUUAAUUCUCAUCGAAUUCUUGUAUCAGGCGUAGCCAUGGUUUUAAUUGGACAAGCGCUGCGGUCAGUGGCUAUGAUCCAUGCAUCCACUAAUUUUUCACAUUCCGUUGCCUUUCGGAAACGUGAAUCUCAUGAGCUUGUGUCUGACGGCGUAUAUGCAUGGUUUCGCCAUCCAUCCUAUGCAGGAUUCUUCUAUUGGGCACUGGGCACCCAACUUGUGCUUCAGAAUCCCGUAAGCUUUGUCGGAUUCACGCUCGUACUCUGGAAAUUUUUCUAUUACAGAACAAGAGCUGAAGAGAAAGCUCUGGUGAAGUUCUUCGGAGAUGAAUACGAGAAAUAUAAGCGAAGGGUACCUACAAGAAUACCUUUCAUUCCAUGAUUAUUUAAAAUAUCAAGUGUUGCUUAUGAGCCUAUCCUCCAAGUGCUUCGUUUUCGUCUCAUAGAAAUUGAAAUGUGCAUGUCAUGCGUAA